GCACUUUGUUGCUAUUUGACAGAAACAUAACCUAAAACAAACUUCAAAGUUUGUUGUGAAAAAGUUCUUAAUAAAAAAAAUCUUGUUUAUAAUGAGCAGAAAAGAAGCUUUAUCGAAUUUUAUUCAACAAAUCCACGCUAGACCCGUUGUGGUUAAAUUAAAUAGCGGUGUUGAUUACAGAGGUGUUUUAGCAUGUUUGGAUGGUUACAUGAAUAUCGCACUAGAACAAACUGAAGAAUAUGUUAAUGGGCAACUUAAAAAUAAGUUUGGCGAUGCUUUUAUUCGUGGAAAUAAUGUGCUUUAUAUUAGUACUCAAAAAAGAAGGAUGUAGUUUUCGUUCCAUACAAUUAUUUUUAAUUUAGUUUAUAAUAAUUCUUAUUUAGUUAAUUCUUAU